AUGGAUGUACCGGAGCCUAUGCCUGGUGUCCCGGAUGUCGCAGAAACCGGUCGCCAACAGAACCUUGAGAUGGCUGGCUCGGAAGCAAUGGGACCUCCGGAAUUUCACAAUGGAUACAGCAGCGACUCUCGUGCUCAUUACACCUCACACGCUGGCGGUUUCGAUUCCCCAUCUGCACGUGAAUCUCAAAACCAAGAGAACGAUCAGUCUCAAUUCACCGCAUCUCCGACAUUAACCCAACUGCCACGACCGCCGUCGUCAUCGAGGCCAGGUUCCGGAUUGUCUAGCGGCCCUGAACAGCGACAAGGAAUUUCGCAAACCUCUCAAGAUGUCAGUCAGAAACAACCAUCCCAACCGACGAAGAAUAGUGUGGUGAUCAAGGUUGGAAUGGUCGGGGAUGCUCAAAUUGGCAAGACAAGUUUGAUGGUCAAGUACGUGGAGGGCAGCUGGGACGAAGAUUAUAUCCAGACCUUGGGUGUAAAUUUCAUGGAAAAAACAAUCUCCAUCAGAAACACGGAGAUCACGUUCUCGAUCUGGGAUCUUGGCGGUCAACGCGAAUUCGUCAAUAUGCUUCCCCUUGUGUGCAAUGAUGCCGUCGCUAUUCUGUUCAUGUUCGAUCUCACUCGCAAGAGCACAUUGAACUCAAUCAAGGAAUGGUACCGCCAGGGCCGUGGAUUUAACAAGACAGCUAUUCCUUUCCUGGUCGGCACCAAGUAUGACCACUUUGUCAACUUUCCUCGAGAAGAUCAAGAAGAGAUUUCAAUCCAGGCCAAGAGAUUUGCCAAGGCGAUGAAAGCGAGCUUGAUCUUCAGCAGUACCAGUCACAGCAUCAACGUGCAAAAAAUCUUCAAGAUUGUCCUUGCCAAAGCCUUUGAUCUGAAAUGCACCAUUCCCGAGAUCGAAAACAUUGGCGAGCCUCUAUUACUCUAUAAGAAUGUUUGA